UAUGAACCUGAAGAUGAAGAUGAACGUGAUUUCAACCUACGUGGACAAUUCGAUGAUAUCGAUGACUCCAAAAGAAAUGAGCUCUUGGCAGAUGCAGACAAUGAUGUCAAUGAUAUGCCGGAACUCAUUGUCAGAUUCCAAGGAGAUGAUGACUAUGAAUCAGAUGAUGACGAUUCGAGUGAUGAAGGUGAUGAAGAGAAAGAACCUAUUGUGGCCGAUUUGGAUCACCAUAAAGAAAAUGUCGAUAGAGGAACCAAUGAUAUUGAAAGCCUUGUUACUGAUCUGGAGGAUCUACAAGAACCGCCAGAAGAAGAGAUUGUAUUUGAGCCUGAAAUGCCUCAAGUAGCAAAAGUCACUCGAUCUGGGCAAACGUAUGCGCAAGCUGCAAUGUCAGGGCUGAACCUUUCUCAAGUUCCAAAGAAAGCAAGAGAAUGGCUUUCGAGCAGGAGUGGCAGUUCUGCCAAUAAGAACAAGAAUCGAGUUGCGACAAGACGCAAGCAUCGAGAGAGGGAAAUGAAACCGUUAAAGGACAAAUUGAACUCUGGUAUUCGUACCAAAGAGGGAAGUCGCAGUACUAAAGACAGUAAAGCUAUCCUUGAACCACAGCACAAUCUAUGUUUCCAACAGAUUGGGAAUGAGAUGAAAGCUGAUUAUGAAGAGCACGGCGCUAUUCUGAUCGCUCGUUGCAUGAUGCAGAUCAAGGCAAAGUUUGAUACUGACGAAGGUCUGAACUUCAUUCAACAGUAUUACAUCAAUCAAGGACAGAAGAAGUUUGGUGAUGAUGGAAAAGAUGCUGUGGAUAAGGAAUUUGUGAAAGACAUGACCGCGUCUGAGCGAAAGAAGGCCCAAUCAGCAAUGAUGUUACUCACGGAAAAGCAAUUCGAAAAGACAAUUAAAGGUUGCCUAGUAUACGGAGGUGAUGGAACUCGUGAAUGGUUAUCGCGAGAGGACACUGCAAGUCCAACUGCUUUGCAAGAAGCAAUCACCACUACUUGUGUUAUUGAUGCACACGAAGGUAGAGAUAUAAUGAUGAUGGACGUGCCUAACGCUUUCAUUCAAACUUAUAUGCCUGAAGCUAAGGAAGGAGAAGAUCGUAUCUACAUGAAAAUCACUGGCAUGAUGGUACAGAUAUUGAUAGACAUGGCCCCAGAGUAUCGCGAAUACGUUGUAUUAGAGAACGGAAAGCGAGUAAUCUAUGUUCGGGUACUACGUGCUAUAUAUGGGAUGUUGCAAUCGAGCCUCCUAUUCUAUAAUCAGUUUCAAAGUGAUUUGGAGGCAAAGGGAUUUGUUUUCAAUCCGUAUGAUCGUCUAAUUUGGACUCAUAAUCGUUUUCAUAGUCCAUGUCCUCAUUUCCAGUUAUCCAUUCGUGUUCUUUAUAUUCUUCAUCCAUUAGAUCUUCGGCAUCUGGAAUAUUUUCAUUUUGGAGGGUUACAUCGCUCAGUCUUUCAAUUUUGUUUACUGGGUCCCAUGUAA